AUGAAGGACAGUAUUGCCAACAACAGCACGGCCAGCAUCUCCCAAGCCAGGAAAGCUGUGGAGCAGCUGAAGAUGGAGGCCUGCAUGGAUAGGAUAAAGGUAUCCAAAGCAGCUGCAGACCUGAUGGCGUACUGCGACGCCCACAUACGCGAGGACCCCCUCAUCAUGCCCGUGCCCGCCUCCGAGAACCCUUUCCGGGAGAAGAAGUUCUUCUGCACCAUCCUCUGA